GGCAACGGAAGAAGAAGCUCACCUUGGGAGAAGUCUAGCCAGCCGGCUGGCUGGCCCGUUGGACGCAUGCGCGCUCGCGACUGGUUUGUGGGUGAAGGCCGAGCGCUUCCGGCUGCCGCCGAGACACAAGCCGCUCGCCGGCCGCGGAGGAGUAACCAGAGCAACGGAAGCUCGCGUACCGCAAGCAUGUCGCCGAGAACCGCUGCUGUCGCCUGCCUUGCGCUGUACGCCCUCGCAGUCGGGUCCAAUGCUCAAGUCAACGACGACCCGACACGCAAGUGCCUCAACUGCAUCUGCUACGCCAGCACCAAGUGCAACACGCAAAUCGGUUGCACGAAUGGCGGCCCCAACUCGUACUUCUGCGGACCCUACCAGAUCUCGUACGCCUAUUGGAUCGAUGCUGGAAAGCCUGGAAACUUUGACCACUUCGAGAAGUGCCUGAAGGACCAGACCUGCGCCGAGACCGCUGUGGUUAACUACAUGAACAAGUGGGGCACCGACUGCGAUGGCGAUGGCCAGGUCACGUGCUACGACUACGCGCGCAUGCACAAGGCCGGCCGCUCGGGAUGCUCGGCGGCCUCGUGGGUGGAAGCGACAGACUACUGGGCCCAGUUCCAGGAGUGCUUCGGCCCGUCGCCGUCCCCGCAGGGACUCGGACCCGGCGACGACUCCGGCAUCGGCGGACUCGAUGCCCGCUCAAACAAACGCAACUAGGCCUCGCGCCCGACACCUUGCUCGUGACGUCGUCAGCUUCAAUGGACAAUUUGACUCGCCGCAGCUUACAGACUCUCUACACUGUUCUCGACAAGUUAGUCAGAUAGGAAAUCAGCCAUUCCAGGGGUUUCAUACGCAACUCGGGUACCAGGCCACUUACGUAUCUGAUAGGCUCCCACAGAGGUAAAUAAGAGGGAUGGCCUUAGACACAAGAGAGCCACUUAGGUGCAACAGAAUGUCUUCGAGGGCUACAUAGGACCCGCAGGCUACGUGUUUGCGCCAACAUUAUGAGUAUACUGCUACGGUCCUACACGAGACACUUUCCAGCGAGAAAAGAUCGGCAAGACAUUUGGUGCCCAAUUGCUUUGCAUAAAAAUAUUCGUAAAUUAUUCCUUAAGUAUUGCUUCCAUGUGCAAGAAAAAAAAUGCGAGAAGUUUCGAUGCUGGUUCACCAGCUGGCUCUGCUGCAUGCCGUUACGAACAAAUGAGUGAAAUUGUGCGGCGCUGCACAGCACAGUGUCCGACGCGAAUGCGUCUGGUGGUUCGUGAAUAAUGUACAAAAUUACGUCGCCAUCAUGGUGGACGGGACCCUAGCGUAAACUUUGGAACCAUUGCAGAAUUCCUGCUCUCUGCUGGCUUGCCGAAUUAUCGCAGGGUUGGUUGUGAAACAACAGGUUGUGAAGGACGUUCAUGACUCCAAUUGGGAGGUGGCCCUCCUUGCCAAAAGCAGCUGCAAGGGGACGUACUGCUCAGCGUGUAUUAUCGACCUUUUUUUGUGUGUGUGUGUGUCGUGUGACUCACUAAAGGGUUGCACUUGUCGUUGGUAACCUCACAGCCAGCGUUGAGGUGCGGUGGCACAAAACUGUGGCGCGGAAAUGCUUGGUAGCGUGAACCAGAAUCUAUCGUUGCUGGAGGGGGUCGAUUUCAAAUUUUCGCGUGCAGCGCUACCCCGAAGGCAGACGAACGUGCCUUUGUAAAAAAAAAAAAGGAAAGUAAAAACAUUGUUUUGGUUU